UGAAACGUCAUAUACUUCACCUCUUUUACUGAUUGUUGUAGCUGCGUGGUAUAUCAGUGAAAAAAUAAAUAAAUUUAGUUUUGAAAGUGUUGCACAAGUGCAUUUUACCAUCAGAAAAUGUCUGAUAGCAGUGGGUCGGACAAUGAUAGCGUUGUAUCUAAUCGAUCGCGCAAAAGUGGUGUUUCAAAUCGAAGCCGCUCAAUGUCGCGUUCAGCUUCUCGAUCUGUUUCUAGAUCUCGAUCUCGUUCGCGUUCUAUUUCGAGAUCCCGUUCACGGUCGGUGUCAGCUGGAUCACAAUCUGGGUCAGAUGCGGAACCACGGUUGAAGAAAAAGCGUAAAAUUUCUGGUGAUCGUGGCUCGGAUGAUGAAGAGGAAGUGGAAGACGAACAGGAACCUGAAGGAGAAGAUUUAGAUUCAGAGGAGUACGAGGACGACGAUGAGGAUGACCGUCGUGGGGGAAGGAAGAAAAAAAAGAAAGAACGUUUUGGAGGAUUUAUUAUUGAUGAAGCCGAAGUUGACGAUGAGGUUGAUGAAGAUGAGGAAUGGGAGGAAGGAGCUCAAGAAAUCGGCAUUGUGGGAAAUGAAGUCGAGGAAUUUGGACAAACGGCUCGGGAAAUUGAAAACAGACGUCGUGGCACUAAUUUGUGGGAUAAUCAGAAAGAGGAUGAGAUUGAAGAGUAUUUACGGAAGAAAUAUGCGGACGAAUCGAUUGCUCGGAGACAUUUUGGCGAUGGUGGUGAGGAAAUGUCCGAUGAGAUUACUCAACAAACAUUACUUCCUGGAAUUAAGGAUCCGAAUUUGUGGAUGGUCAAAUGUCGAAUAGGGGAAGAGAAGGCGACUGUUUUAUUGUUGAUGCGUAAAUUUCUUACAUACUCUAAUACGGACGAACCUUUGCAGAUAAAAUCCAUAGUCGCUCCAGAAGGUGUUAAAGGAUAUGUUUACAUUGAAGCAUACAAGCAAACUCACGUUAAGGCCGCUAUCACCAAUGUGGGAAAUUUACGAAUGGGUAUUUGGAAACAGGAGAUGGUUCCAAUUAAAGAAAUGACAGACAUUUUAAAGGUUGUGAAGGAACAAACGGGACUGAAACCAAAGCAAUGGGUUCGUUUAAAGCGAGGAAUCUACAAAGAUGAUAUCGCACAGGUAGAUUAUGUAGAUCUUGCUCAGAACCAAGUGCACUUGAAAUUGCUUCCCCGCAUUGAUUAUACACGCUUGAGAGGCGCCUUGCGUACCACGUCUGCUGAUAAUGACGAAAACAAGCGGAAAAAGAAAAGACGGCCUGCGGCAAAACCAUUUGACCCAGAAGCAAUCCGUGCAAUUGGAGGAGAGGUUACUUCUGAUGGAGAUUUUCUAAUUUUUGAAGGUAACCGUUACUCCAGGAAAGGAUUUUUGUACAAAAAUUUUACAAUGUCAGCAAUUCUGGCUGAUGGUGUUAAACCAACAUUGGCUGAAUUGGAACGCUUUGAAGAACAGCCAGAAGAAAUUAACAUUGAAUUAGCAGUUUCGACCAAGGAGGAUCCUGUAUCGUCCCAUUCUUUCUCAAUGGGUGAUAACGUUGAAGUAUGCGUGGGUGAUUUGGAAAAUCUACAGGCGAAAAUUAUUGCUAUCGAUGGCGCAUUAAUUACUGUUAUGCCGAAACAUGAAGACCUUAAAGAUCCUUUAAUAUUUAAAGCUUCUGAAUUACGAAAGUACUUCAAAACUGGUGAUCAUGCAAAGGUGUUAGCAGGCCGCUAUGAAGGAGAAACUGGUUUAAUAGUUCGUGUUGAACCGCAGCGUAUUGUAAUGGUAUCUGAUUUAACAAUGCACGAGUUGGAAGUACUGCCACGAGAUUUGCAGCUAUGCAGUGAUAUGGCAACCGGCGUGGAUUCGCUGGGUCAGUAUCAGUGGGGAGAUUUAGUACAACUAGAUGCACAAACAGUUGGCGUGAUUGUGCGCUUGGAAAGGGAAAACUUUCACGUGCUUGGAAUGCACGGAAAGGUUAUGGAGUGCAAACCAGCUGCUUUGCAAAAGCGCCGCGAAAAUCGAAAUACACUUGCUUUGGAUUCAGAACAAAAUCCAAUACGUCGUCGGGACAUAGUUAAAGUUAUGGAAGGUCCGCAUGCCGGCCGUGAUGGGGAAAUCAAGCACUUGUAUAGAAAUUUGGCUUUUCUGCACUCACGAAUGUAUACCGAAAAUGGAGGUAUAUUUGUAUGUAAAACCAGACAUCUUCAGUUAGCUGGAGGAAAUAAAUCGCAGGGCAACGCGCUUAUGCCUAUUGGACAAUUUGGUUUUAUGUCCCCCCGUAUACAUUCACCGAUGCAUCCAUCUGGUGGUCGAGGUGGUCGUGGGGGAAGAAUGGGUGGCCGCGGUGGUCACCGCGGUGUUAGUCGGGAUAGAGAAAUUCUUGGCAAAAGUAUUAAGAUCACUGGAGGGCCAUAUAAAGGUUCUGUUGGCAUUGUUAAAGAUGCUACCGAAAGUACCGCUCGUGUUGAGUUGCAUUCUGCUUGCCAGACAAUAUCGGUUGAUCGAAAUCAUAUUGCCGUAGUUGGACCUACUCCGAAGGAAGGUUCUGUUUCAAACUAUAUUCGUACUCCGAGUCGCACUCCUGGCAGUAGUUAUGGAGCCCAAACACCAGUUUACUCGGGUUCGAAAACUCCGCUUCAUGGAUCUCAAACUCCUUCAUACGAUAUUGGAAACCGCACUCCUUAUGGAUCAAUGACUCCAUCCCACGAUGGAAGCAUGACCCCCCGACAUGGAGCUUGGGAUCCAGCGGUAACAAAUACACCAGCCCGUUCGAACGACUUUGAUUUCAAUAUGGAAGAACCAUCUCCAAGUCCAGGCUAUAAUCCAAGUACACCUGGUUACCAGAUAAACACACCAUUCGCUCCACAUACUCCCGGCAAUAUGUUCAAUACAGAAUCAUUCAGUCCAUAUCAGCCAAGUCCAAGUCCCAGUCCUUCCUCCUAUCAAGUGAAUUAUAUGGGCACUCCUUCGCCAAGCGCUUACUCUCCGGCCACUCCAGGCGCUCCACAGUCGCCUUAUAACCCGCAAACUCCGGGCGCUAGCCUCGAUUCACAGUACGGCGAGUGGUGUACCACGGAAAUUGAGGUCGAAAUUCGUAAUCAUGAUGACUCUGACCUGGCGGGUCAAACUGGAUAUAUUCGAACUGUCAACAGUGGCACUUGCUCGGUGUUCUUGCCAGAAGAGGACCGAGUUGUAAAUGUGCCUUGCAAUAAUCUGGAACCUGUAGUUCCAGGGGCCGGUGAUCGGUUUAAGGUUAUUUUCGGCGAAGAACGUGAAACAAUUGGUGAAUUUUUAUCCAUGUCCGGCCCAAAAGAGGCAGUCGUGUCCAUCAAUGGCAAAAAGAAGUUGCUGCCUAUUAACUAUUUAUGCAAAAUUAAAGUCGAUUAAGAGGAUUACUCGCAGAUGUAUUUUUGUUCUAAAGCUAGCAGCAACCCUUUAUCAAUUUGAUUUGUCCACGGAAAAUAUUAGACAACGUAAAAUUAUAUUUCAAUCAAUUCUUAAAAGUUGUAGCAUAUA